AUGCAGCCAUUAGACCCUAAUAACCAACAAAAGUGCUCUGCUCCCUCACCCCCAUUGUCAACCCAACCACAGUAUAUACAACCCCCAAGUCCGGUUGGUGUCCCAUUGAGCUCACCGGGUCAAGUUGUCCAGCCAGCUGUGGUGCCCCAACACCAGCCCUUGCAGGAAGUCCCUUGGUCAACCGGCUUUUGCGACUGCUCUUCCAAUUUUAGAAAUUGUUGCAUAACCUGUUUCUGUCCAUGCAUUACUUUCGGGCAAGUCUCGGAUAUUGUAGAUAGAGGAUCGUCCUCUUGUGCGACAAAUGGGGCCUUGUAUGCCCUAAUUAUGUACGUGACUGGUUGUGGGUGUAUCUACUCAUGCUUCUACAGAUCUAAACUGAGGAGGCAAUACAUGUUGAAAGCAAGCCCUUGUGGGGAUUGUAUGGUUCAUUUUUGUUGCGAGACUUGUGCCUUGUGUCAAGAGUAUCGUGAGCUCAAAGCCCGUGGAUUUGACAUGUCCAUCGGAUGGCAAGCUAAUGUGGAGAGACAAUUUCAUGGAGUGACAAUGGCUCCAACAAUGGAAGGUGGGAUGAGACGCUAA